CACACACACACACACACACACACACGCACACACACGCACACACACACACACACACACACACACACAUGUGGAGAGAGGAUGAGGAUGAGAGCAUGAUAUCAGAAGAGCAUCAUAAGGAACUGUGCGAUGCGGGGCUCAUCAGCCCUGGAGACAGCAACUGGUCCUGGUCCCAGACCAUGAACUACGUGGGCCAGUUGGCGGGCCAGGUGUUUGUGCAGGUGAAGGAGCUGUAUCGGGGACUGAACCCGGCCACCCUGUCGGGCUGCAUCGACGUCAUCGUGGUGCGGCAGCCCGAUGGCAGCCUGCAGUGCUCCCCCUUCCACGUGCGCUUCGGCAAGAUGGGCGUCCUGCGCUCACGCGAGAAAGUGGUGGACAUCGAGAUCAAUGGUGAACCCGUGACGCUGCACAUGAAGCUUGGGGAGAAUGGAGAGGCCUUCUUCGUCAAGGAGACUGAGACUACUCAGUUGGAGUUGGUGCCAGCCUACCUGGCCACGUCCCCCAUCCUGACGGAGGGCAGUGCCCUGAUGGAGGCCCAGCUGGGCAAGGGGGGGGCAGCAGCCCGACACGCCGACUCCUCACCUGGGGGAGCUCCCACUGUGCAGACCCUGGGGGCGACCCAGGCAGGAGAGAGCAGCGGAGGAGGAGGAGGAGGAGGAGCGUCAGGCAUGAAGAAGAGGAGGAAGAGGAGGAGGAAGUCGCAGGUGGACAACAUGAGGAGGGGCGACACCGAGGGCUACUCAGAGGACGAGGACAUGUUCACCAUCGACAUGAGCUCCGAUGAAGACAAGGAUGCGGGGGACAGCAGGGAUUCGUCUUGCGACCGGUUUGGUGAAGGACAGAGCAAAGGCGUGACGUCCAGCUGUACCUAUAUGCCGUCCUCAUCAUACACACAGGGGGAUGGGGGCUGGACACACACACAGAGUGCCAGAGUGGAGCAGAUGUGCACACUGCCCAUCCCUACUGGAGGAGGGCUGUCUGUCUCUCUGCCCCCAGACACCUCCAUCUUCCAGAACAUGCACAGUCCGGCCGGCUCGCGGCCCUCCACCCCUAAGAGUGACUCGGAGCUGCAGUCGGCCAUGGGGAAGCCCGACAACCCGGAGAUCCUCUGGGCCUGGGGCGAGCUGCCACAGGCCGCUAAGCCGGCGUUCCUGAGCGACAUGCCGGAGCCCAUGACGGUGGUGCCCGUCUCCAUACCCAUGACGGACAGCAGCAGCACCCACUUCCGCACCAUCUCCAACACCAACCACCACCACCCGGGCCCCUCGGCCGGCCCCGACACCGGGCCCCCCUCCCUCUCCCUCUACAUCCCCACAGGGGGGCCCCACAGCAGGGGGGUGGACACCACAGCAGGGGCGGCGAUGGGGGGAGAGGGGGAAGAGGCUGGGGUAGGAGCGGGCGCCUGCAUGGCGAUGUCUCCCGGUGGCAUGGAGGUGGAGGGCAUCGGGGCCAUGGCUCGCUUGCUGCACGACGGCGACGAGGGACGCAACAGCCCCGGUGGGAGACCACUCGCCAAGACGGACUCGCCGUCCAAACGAAAAGACAAGAGGAGCCAUCACCUGGGCUCUGAUGGAGUCUACCUGGAUGACAUCACAGAACUGGAGCCCGAGGUGGCCGCCCUCUACUUCCCCAAGAGUGAAGGCGCUUGCUCGGUGAGGCUCUCCCACGACGUCCGCAGUGCCAACCAAUCCCCUCAGUCCGUGGGCAGCAGUGGAAUGGACAGUGGGGUGGACAGCUACUCCGACCAGCCGGGAGACCUGCCCUCUAUCGCCAUCUCCCUGUGUGGAGGACUCACUGACAACAGGGAGAUCACCAGGGAGCAGUUCGAGGAGAGGGCCAUCAGUUACCGGGAGUUUGCUGACAACCCGUCCCUCAUCGACGACCCCAACCUGGUGGUGAAGAUCAGCGGCAAGUAUUAUAACUGGGCCACUGCAGCCCCUCUGCUGCUAGCCAUGCAGGUGUUCCAGAAGCCCCUACCCAAGUCCUCCUGUUUCCACUAUAUCUACUCCGCUCUGGGCUUCAUCUCCUACUGCAUGCCCAGCGUCUUCUGGGCUCCCGCCGUGUGCGCGGCGGCUGUGGAGGACAUCGUCAAGGAGAAGAUGCCCAAGAAGGGAGGACGCUGGUGGUUCUCCUGGAGGGGGCGGAGCAGCAACUCCAAAUCAGAGUCCACAUCGGAGAUGGGAGCUGAUGAGGAUAGGCCUCCUACACAGACAGACUCUCUCAGGAUGAAGGACGACUCUUCGAGUGACGAGGACGGGCGUACGGCCAGGCUGGGCAUGUCCUCGUCCUCCUCGCAGGGCGAGCCCCCCCUCACCCCCAGCAGCAUCUGGUACAAGAAGACACUCCGGCUCAACUCAGAGCAACUGGCGAGCCUGCAGCUGAAGGAGGGUCCGAACGACGUGGUGUUCAGCGUGACCACCCAGUACCAGGGCACCUGCCGCUGCGAGGGGACCAUCUACCUGUGGAACUGGGACGACAAGAUCGUCAUCUCAGACAUCGACGGCACCAUCACCAGGUCUGACACCCUGGGCCACAUCCUCCCCACGCUGGGUAAAGACUGGACACAUCAGGGCAUCGCCCGACUAUACCACAAAGUCAGCCAGAACGGCUACAAGUUCAUGUACUGUUCGGCGCGUGCCAUCGGCAUGGCGGACAUGACGCGCGGCUACCUGCACUGGGUCAGUGAGAAGGGAACCAUGCUCCCCCAGGGACCCGUACUGUUGAGCCCCAGCAGCCUCUUCUCCGCACUGCACAGAGAGGUCAUUGAGAAGAAGCCAGAGAAGUUCAAGAUCGAGUGUCUGAGCGACAUCAAGCACCUCUUCUACCCCAACAAAGAACCCUUCUACGCCGCCUUUGGAAACAGAGCCACGGACGUGUACUCCUAUAAGGAGGUGGGGGUGCCCCUGAACAGGAUCUUCACUGUGAACCCCAAGGGAGAGCUCAUCCAGGAGCACGCCAAGACCAACAUCUCAUCGUACGGUCGUCUGUGCGAGGUGGUGGACCAUGUGUUCCCCCUGCUGAUCCGAGGCCACGGGGCCGACUUCCCCUGCUCAGACACAUACAGCACCUUCACCUACUGGAGGGACCAGCUGCCAGAGGUGGAGGCAGAGCACAGGGGAGAGCAGCGGGAAGAGCAGCAGAGCUGAACACACACACACACACACACACACACACACACACACACACACACACACACACACACACACACACACACACACACACCUACUGGAGAGACCAGCUGCCGGAGGUGGAGGCAGAGGAGAGGACAGAUCAGCGGGAAGCAGCAUAGCUGCAUAGCUGAACACACACACACAAAGCAGCAUAGCUGAACACACACACACAAACACACACACACACACACACACACACACACACACACACACACACACACACACACACACACCUACUGGAGAGACCAGCUUCCAGGGGAGAGGGAAGAGCAGCGGGAAGAGCAGCAGCAGCAGAGCUGAACACUGAACACACACGCGCACACACACACACACACACACACACACACACAGACACAGCUGCCGGAGGUGGAGGCAGAGGAGAGGGCAGAGCAGCAGCAGGAGCAGCAGCAGCAGCGUAGCUGAACACUGAACACACACACACACACACACACACACACACACACACACACACACACACACACACACACACACA